AUGGCUGCACGUCAAGGUGUGCAGGGGGUCUGCUUCCUGGCAGCCUUGACCCUGGGGUAUGUGCUGGGGUAUCUGCACGGCAUCAGCACCGGCACCCCUUGCCAGCCUUGCCAGAAUGAACACGAGUUGACUUGGAGCGAGCUCACAACCCUUUCGGCAGAUCCCGAGGUUGCCGAAGGUGAGACGACCUGGCCGCAGGAAGGACCACUUCCAGCUCCCGCAAGUUACAGCUCCACCCCCAAGAGAGAUCCUGGGACGACGGGCAAGAAGUGUUCAGAGUUUGAGAAUGUCGAUGUGCCGCUGGAUGGUUGGCCUGUGCAAGUACGAGCUUCUGUCGGGGAAGCCUUGUAUGGUACUGGAUGGGCACAGCGCUUCUUGAGGGAGCAUCAGUUUCCGCGUGACUGCACCGACAAGUCCUUUGUAGAGCACGGCAUGUUUCGAUCAGGCAUGGGCUCCAACAUCCACAUCUCCGCUGCGGUGCUGGCUUUUGCUUUGGACAGGGGAAGCAUCUACCUCUGGCCGCAGGACGAUUGGGCAAAUCCAUGGACCAGGGGGAAGCAGAAGGGCUCUACCGUCGAGUGCCCUGGAGGUAUAAAAGCCACUUCCUACGAAUGUUACUUGAAGCCGGUAAGCUCUUGCACGCCGACGGGGAAGGGUCCCAGGUUCAUUGGGGUGAAGCGGGAUCGGGGUAAGGAAGAGCUUCGAGGCACGGAGGUGGUCCCACGCGUCUUCAAGGAGUUGCUGAGAUGCUCCAGGUACCCGAAGAACUACUGGAUCAAGUGGUGGCGAGCACAGACAGCGGCUUUCCUGGUGCGUCCCAGUUCUUCUACGCUGGACGAGCUGCAAAGCCUCCGGAAGGGAAGCCUUGUCGGUGAGAUGCAGGAUGCGGUGCUCGGGAGUUACGUGCGCCACGGAGACAAGUAUUAUGAGGCAAAAGAGUACGAGUUCAAGGACUACAUGCACAUCUACUCCUGGAUUCUGGGUUCAGAUGCGGAGGUUGAGCGACGCUGCCCAGAUUCUUCGCGAAUGCUUGCGCCCUUCAAGAAGCAGCUGCCGCGCCUCCGAGCUGCACAGAGGCUGUAUCUCGGUUCGGAUGACCCAGCUGUCGUGGAGGAAGCUUCUCGUAGCUUCUCGUGCAGUGGCUGCCUGGUGUACAUGAAUGUCUCUAGACUGUCGAAGAGGCGACCUCUGAUGGAGGUACAGAAGCUCCUUGGAGCUAGGCAGAUGGUCAUGGAAUCCUUGCUGAACUUGCAGCUACUGAUGGAGUCCGAUGCUUUUAUCUGCACAUGGACCUCCAAUUGGUGCCGGUUGGUCGACGAGAUGCGAAUGACAGUGGCGCUCAAAGCAAACCACCUCUCCUUGGAGGUGAACAAGCGCUGUCCUCGCUUCAACUGGGUACAUGGUGGGGGCGCAGAAACGCCGGACUACCGUUGA